GGGUAUUCUUCCUCCUUUAUUUUAACGCUCAUAUGUAUUUUUUUUUCACUUUCAAUGCAAAACCUUAACCUCUUCUCCUUACAAGUAGUUUGCUGCUCAGCUUUCCUUUUUUUACUUGUAGGAUUCUCCCUCUCAAAGAUUUGAAUUGAAAAAUUCGGUCUGGGUAGAUCUAUUUUCCAUUGAUUCUGAGAUAGAAUUUAUAAAUUGUUGUUGUGUUAAUGAAAAGGUCUAGAGAAGAAGCUUACAUGGGUUCUCAAACUAAACGACCAGCAAUAUCGUCUCGAGGCGAAACCUCUGGACAAGCUCAGGGACCUGGAGGAGGAGUAGGGACGCAGACACUAACAACCAAUGAUGCCCUAGCGUAUCUCAAAGAUGUAAAGGACAUGUUUCAGGAUAGGAGGGACAAAUAUGAUGAGUUCCUGGAAGUUAUGAAAGAUUUUAAGGCUCAAAGAAUUGACACAACAGGGGUUAUAGCUAGGGUGAAGGAUUUGUUCAAAGGGCAUAGAAACCUUAUUUUGGGUUUCAAUACCUUUUUACCUAAAGGUUAUGAGAUAACCCUCCCACUUGAGGACGAGCAACCACCAAAGAAACCUGUAGAAUUUGAUGAGGCCAUUAACUUUGUUAACAAAAUAAAGACACGAUUCAAAGAUGAUGACCAGGUUUACAAAUCAUUCCUAGAUAUACUGAAUAUGUACCGGAAAGAAAACAAGUCCAUCGCUGAGGUUUAUGCUGAGGUAGCUGAUCUUUUUCACCUUCAUCAAGACUUGCUCAAGGAAUUCAAACAUUUCCUACCAGACACAGACUCUACACAGCACGCUCCAUCGGGCAGAAAUUCAUCUUUUCCUCGACCUCAUGAGAGAAGCUCUGCUGUUACUGCUUCAAGGCAAUUGCAUGGGGACAAGCAGAGGGAAAGAACUACAACAUAUCAUGCUGAUCGUGAUCUCAGUGUGGACCGGCCUGAUCCUGACCAUGAAAAAGUAAUGGGAAAGGAGCAUCGGAGACGUCCCGACAAGGAAAAGGAGAGAAAAGGAGAUCGUGAUAGAAGAGAUCGUGAUCAUGUUGAAAAGGAUCCUGAGCAGAAACGAAAGUUUAGGAGGUCUGAAGAGACCAAUGACCCCUUUCUCCAAGAUGGGGAAGGUCCAUAUGAUGACAAACCUUCCUUGAAGAGUGCUUACCCCCAAGAGUUUUUGUUCUGUGAAAAAGUCAAGGAGACGCUAGGCAAUUCUGGUUUAUACCAGGAAUACCUUAAAUGCUUGAACAUCUAUAGCAAGGAAAUUAUCACGAGAGACGAACUGCAAGGCUUGGUUCGUGAUUUACUUGGAAAGUAUCCUGACCUUAUGAAUGGGUUUGAACUAUUUUUGUCGCGUUGUGAGAAGAUUGACGGACUUUUGGCUGGCGUCAUGAAUAAAAAAUCCUUAUGGAGUGAAGGACAUGUACCUGGAUCAGUGAAGGAAGAAGAGAGGAAUAAAGAGAGGGAUCAUGACAGAGAUGACAGGGAAAAAGAGAGAGAUCGGGAGAGAGAGAGGAAGAGAGUUGAUAGAAAUGCAGGUCACGAGGCUUCGUUUCUAAACAAGGAUAAGUAUAUGGCCAAACCCAUAUCUGAGCUCGACCUUUCUAACUGUCAGCGGUGUACACCGAGUUAUCGCCUUCUUCCAAAGAAUUAUCCUAUACCCUCAGCCAGUCAACGGACAGAGCUUGGUGCUCAAGUUUUGAACGACUUUUGGGUAUCAGUGACUUCAGGAAGUGAAGAUUACUCCUUUAAGCAUAUGCGGAAGAACCAAUAUGAAGAAAGUUUGUUUAAAUGUGAAGAUGACAGAUUCGAACUGGACAUGCUAUUGGAGUCUGUGAAUGCUACAACAACACGUGUCGAGGAAUUGCUGGAUAAGAUCAAUGAUGAUGCUAGUGAACUGGAUAGUCCAAUACGCAUUGAGGAUGAGUUUACAGCCCUAAACCUGAGGUGCAUUGAACGUUUAUAUGGUGACCAUGGCCUGGAUGUGAUUGAAGUGUUGCGCAAAAAUACAUCUGUUGCACUGCCUGUCAUACUAACCCGUCUGAAGCAGAAACAAGAUGAGUGGUCAAGGUGCCGUUCAGAUUUUAACAAGGUCUGGGCAGAAAUAUAUGCUAAGAACCAUCACAAAUCACUGGAUCAUCGUAGCUUUUAUUUCAAGCAACAAGAUGCCAAGAGCUUGAGCACAAAAGGUUUAUUGUCCGAGAUUAGAGAAAUCAAUGAGAAGAAGCGUAAAGAAGAUGAAAUGCUAGUUUCAGUUGCUGCUGGUAACAGACGGCCGAUAGUUCCAAAUCUGGAAUAUGAAUACUCUGAUUCUUCGAUACACGAAGACAUAUAUCAGCUUAUCAAAUUCUCAUGCUCUGAAGUUUGCACAGCUACGGAUCAGUUGGAUAAAGUAAUGAAGAUUUGGACAACCUUCUUGGAGCCCAUGUUCGCCGUUCCUCCUCGAGCACAAGGUGUAGAGGACACAGAAGAUGUUGUCAAGGAUAAGAAUCAUUCUGUCCGAAAUGGUUUGGCAAGUUUGAGGGAGAUUGAAGGUAUAUCUAGUGCUGACACUGCCAUUACUAAUUCCAAUCAAUUAAAUCACCUUUGCAAUGGGGAUGGCACCUUUGUAUCUGAAGGACAAAAUUUCCACAAGACUAAAUUGGUAAAUGGGGAUGCAGAUAAAGAAGAUGAUCUUCGCGAGCAAGAUCGAAAUACCCACAAGAGUGAUACUUUCGGUAGUACUUCACAGCAGGGGAAAGUCCAGACUAAUGCCCCCAUGUGUGAUGAAACUUCAGCAGCCUGUAAACGGCUAACUGAUUCUAAUGCCUCCACAGUUAUUAGAGGAGAUCAAAGUCUUGAUAGAACUAAUGUGGAAAUUACAUCUGGGCAUGGCACUACUCCUUCCAGAUCUGUUGUGGCCAGUGCUGUGGAGAGUGGGCUUGAGCGGGCACUUUCUGCUGAAGCGUUGCCUUCAUCAGAGAGAGGAGGUGAUAGUUCGAAACUGGGGAUAUCAGCUAAUGGUUCACUGAUGGAAGGAACCAAAGUACAUCGGUAUCACAAGGAUUCUACUGGGCACCAAAAGAUAGAAAGAGAAGAGGGUGAAUUAUCACCAAAUGGGGAUUUUGAAGAGGAUAACUUUGUUGGCUAUGGAAGUAGUGGGCCAGCUAAUAGAAUCUGUACUAAAACAAAAGAUAGUGCUGCAGUAUCCAAGGAUGGACAAGAAGUUAAAUGUCGUGUGGAGGCAGCAGGUGACAAUGAUGCCGAUGAUGAAGGUGAUGAAAGUCAUCAAAGGUCAACUGAAGACAGUGAGAAUGUUUCUGAGACUGGUGAAGGGGUUUCAGGUAGCGAUUCUGGGGAUGGUGUGGAAUGUUCACCUGAAGAUCACGAGGGAGAGGAAGAUGCUAAGGUGGAAAGUGAAGGUGAAGCAGAAGGUACUGCUGAUGCACAUGAUGUUGAAGGUGAGGGGUCAUUACUGAAGUUUUCAGAGCGGUUUCUACAGACUGUAAAACCUCUUGCUAAACAUGUUCCUUCAGCAUUACAAAACAAAGAAGGGAAGGAUUUUCGAAUAUUUUAUGGAAAUGAUUCCUUUUAUGUGCUUUUUAGGCUUCAUCAGACACUGUAUGAGAGAAUAUUGUCAGCAAAAACAAAUACUUCAUCAGCUGAAAAGAAAUGGAGAGUUUCGAAGGAUACAAGCCCUCCUGACCUCUAUGCCAGAUUUAUGAGUGCCCUAUAUAAUCUACUUGAUGGUACAGCUGACACUGCGAAGUUUGAGGAUGAGUGUCGUGCUAUUAUUGGAACCCAGUCAUAUAUUUUAUUCACACUAGACAAAUUAAUAUUCAAACUUGUCAAGCAGCUUCAAACAAUUGUUAGUGACGAAAUGGACAAUAAACUUCUUCAACUACAUGCAUAUGAAAAAUCAAGGCAGCCUGGGAGAUUUGUAGAUAUAGUUUAUCAUGAAAACACCCGUGUUCUUCUUCACGAUGAGAACAUCUAUCGCUUUGAAUAUUCUUCAAGUCCAAACCGCUUAUCCAUCCAGCUGAUGGAGUCUGGGAACGAAAAGCCUGAAGUCACUGCCGUAACCCUGGAUCCGAACUUUGCAUCCUAUUUGCACAAUGAUUUCUUGUUAGCUCCUACAAAGAAGGAGGUGACUGAUGUCUUCCUUGAAAGAAACAAAAGAAAAUUUGCUUGUGAAGAUGAAUCAUCUUUAGCAUCUGAGGCUAUGGAAGGUGUUGAAUUAGUCAAUGGUCUCGAGUGCAAGAUAGCUUGCAAUUCGUCGAAGGUCUCAUAUGUUUUAGACACAGAAGAUUACUUAUAUCGCACAAGGACGAGACGAAGAAGUCUUUCUGAGGACAGAUCCUCAUGCCAUGGCCAGGCCAAGUCCAUGGAUGGUCAUCCGGCUAGAGUACAGCGGUUCCACAGAUUGCUAUCUGGAUCUUAGUCUCCUUUACGAAAGGUGUAAAGGUAAUACUUUCUUACAUUCGGAUUGCUGAUGGUCCCUGCCUUCUGGACCUUCACCUCCACUGAGCAAAGAACUUGCACUGAACCACAAAAAUAGAAUAUUCUUUGGCGUCAUCAAGCAAAAUAGCUCUUGAUUAGAAGCUUUCUACCAGAUUUUUUUCCCAUACAAGUCCUGCCAGAAUCCACGCAGUAUCAGGGAAUGCUUGCUGCCAUUGUUGCUGUCUACAGUUGUAAAUGUAAUUUUUAUAGUUCUUAAGUUGGCUAUCAGAGCCACCCUUGUGUAAAUAGUGCGAGUCUUUAGUAUUCACAUCUUCUGAGGGAUGUAUGUCCAUUGUGUUUCUUUAACUAUUUUUUUCUAGUAAUCUGCCCAGAACAGACAACAGCGGCAUAUAAAUGUACCUGUUUUUAUUUCAUCAGAAUUGCUAUAAUAUUUGUUGAUGCAACUUUGACAACCAAUACAUAUGUCUAUAAGAUUGGUUAAUACAAAUAUUUGCUAGAAUAUUCUGCA